GCUUUUCUUUUGCUACGUAUAAAAGCCCGUCAUAAAUCUCUUUCUCCGUCACUCAUUGUUUUUGCCCUUUCACUGCAACAGAAGAGGAAAAGACUCAAGGGAGAGAAAUGGAGCAAACCUUCAUUAUGAUCAAGCCCGAUGGCGUCCAAAGAGGACUCGUUGGUGAGAUUAUUUCAAGAUUUGAGAAGAAGGGAUUCACUCUCAAAGGUUUGAAGCUGCAGACUGUUGAGCAAUCUUUUGCUGAGAAACACUACGAGGACCUGGCCAAGAAGCCAUUCUUUGCCGGUCUUGUUCAGUAUAUUAUUUCUGGCCCAGUUGUUGGAAUGAUUUGGGAGGGAAAAGGUGUUGUUGCCACUGGCCGUAAGAUUAUCGGAGCCACAAAUCCUGCGGCUUCUGAACCUGGAACUAUCCGUGGUGAUUUUGCUAUUGAUGUUGGGAGGAAUGUUAUUCAUGGAAGCGACUCUGUUGAGAGUGCUACUAAGGAAAUUGGACUGUGGUUCCCUGAGGGCCCUGCUAACUGGCAGAGCAGCCUGCACCCAUGGAUCUAUGAGUAAAACUUGUGCCAGUUUGGAAGCCAUUGGCCAUCCUUAUUUAGCUUCUCAUGUUUGUUCUAUCAGUGAACAAUAAAUGUUAAGUUGUUAUCCUAGCAUGUUCAAGUCUGUACUCUGCGACUUUGCUUUGUUAAGUUGCUCAAGUUAAUCAGCAUUCUUACCAAGCUCUAUAGUUUUCCAAGCAUCAACAAUCAUCAUCGUUAACAGUUUAAUUGGAGUUAAUCUUGAGUUCUAUUUUA